AUGACUGCUCUGAAAUUUUAUCCACUCUCGGCCUCAGGAAGUAGGCGAUUUGCGACACUAACAUUAUCUAAGGGUAGACAAAAUGCAAUGCUAAUUUCGGAGUCUAAAGAUGGGAAUAGACGAUGUACGGUGUCCGGUGCAUGGACGGUGUUUGUAUUUGUAAAUGGAGAAUCUACAGAUCCGUGUAUUACACGAAACAUCCAAUGUAAGCAAGGUCAAGUAUGUCGACUGAUGAAAGUGGACUGUUUUACUAGUCCUUGCAGCCCUCAACCAAUUUGUGUGGAUGGUAAAAUACCUACAUUAGCUGGUGUAUGUAAAAUCAAUCAACCUAUUAUAGAUGGUAAUCAUAAAGCACUGUUUUGUGGUCGAGGUUUCCACCGUGUAUCUUGUCCAGAUGAUACAAGAUGUGCAGUUGAUCCAGUAGACAGAUUUGCUGUUUGUUGUUACACAGGUCCCACUGGUAUUUUGGGAUAACAUUCCGUUUUAUAAUAACUAAUAAAUAAAUUUAUUUG